AUGAUAAUCAAUAAAAUGAUUUCUAAAAAAUUAGAAUUGUUUAUUUUGAUGAACCUUAAUCUUUUGAAGAAGUAGAUUAAUUCAUUGAUUAAAUUAAAAAUAUGUUCAAUAUAGAAAUUAUUAAAAUGGAAAGAGAUUUUAAAAAGCAAUUAUGAAUUUUAAUUAAUGAUUAUUCAUUAAAAGCAGUAAUUAUGGGUUCACGUUAAAAUGAUCCUUAUUGUGAACAUUUAGAAAAAGUUUCUCCUUCUGAUACAGAUAAAGGAUACCCUCCAUUUUUACGAAUAAAUCCAAUUAUUUAUUGGAAAUAUGAAUAAGUUUGGAAUUUUAUUAAAAGAUACAAUAUUCCUUAUUGUAAACUAUAUAAUUAAGGAUAUACAUAUUUGGGGAAUAAAUUAAAUACAUCAAAAAAUAAGCAUUCUCUCAAUGUUGAUGGCUAAUAUUUAUCUGCUGAUUAAAUUCCUGGAAUAUACGAACAUGAAAGUCGAUUAGAUUUAUAAGAAAAAAAUUAAAAUAAAGAAGCUGCUGCACUACUAUGUUUUUUAUGUUUUGAAUCUAAAGUAGAUGAAUAUAUACAUAACUAAAAUUAUUCUAAAAUACAUAUUUAUAAAUGUAAAAAUGAAAAACAUUUAGAAGAAUUUGAUUAAAUUUUAUAUGAAAUUAAUUCCAUUUUUAGUAAAGAACUUUAUAAAGUAGAUGUUAUUGUUUAAAAAAAAUGUAUAAAAUUUGAUGAAAUUAUUUCUUUAAUAAAAUAAAAUGAAUAUAUUAAUUAAAUAAAAGAAGUAUGAUAUUAUAUUGAAUUAUAUAUUUGAAAAAUAAAAAACAGAAAAAACAUUUAAUUUAAAAUUUUAUUAAUUCCAUUUAUUAUAGUUUUAUAUAAAUAAUUUAUAUUAAUAUUAAUAUUCUUAUUUUUAAUUUUUGUUUUUUAUUUAUUGA